UUAUAACCACACUCGCUUGAACGGAUCGGUAAUUACCAACCCAAAAUGGUAAAUAACAUUUUCAUUUGGUUAUCAGCUUGAAUUUGAUUAAUCACAUGUUUGUUGACAAAUUUGUGACAGUUGACAUAUAAAUAUGCAAGUGAUAGUUGACAUUUGCUUAUUUGUAUCGCAGGUGGUUUGUUUAUAGCGUAAAAAGUAAAAAUACGGUAGACACCACCGAAAAUGCUUUUGCAAAUACUCGGAAAACAUCAAGUACAAUAUUAAACAUGUCCUACAGUAUUCAGGAAUGUUGUGCUGUCGUCAGAGGAUUUUCCAAGCUAAUAAUUUGUUUAUUGUAUGUAGCCUGUUGUUAGCAGCUGGAUUUGUCCUGCAAAUAAAAGUAUUAUAUAAUAAUCAUCAGCAAAACCUACGGUUCCUUGAAUACACACAACGGAUUGGACAACACAUGUUCAUGUAUUCGAACUGCUGAAGAGGGUUAAUUCAAUUUGCUAUGGUUUUAGGGUAACAUCAAGAUUAAUGAUGUCCAAGAAGCAGUCCACCUUGUUGAAAGGCUAGCUAAUCAUACCAAUAGUUUAAUAAAUAAAAUGGAUAAAACUAUGAAAUCCUACAAGUAUAACAAGAUCAGGUUAAAGGUUACAUAAUUAUGGCUGUGUAUCAACUUUAUCUAGUGUGAUAUAUCUUGCUGUUCGAAUUUAAUGUUAAUAUGGUUGCUUUAUGUACUUUAAUGUAGCUUAUUUUAUUUGUUGUUAGAUGUUGAGCCAUGUUUACCAUUAUCUAAUUGAUAUUGCACAAAUAUUUUUAUCGAAUUUUUAAGUAGCAAAUUUUAAAAUUUUAAGAAUGUUUGCCUUAGAACUUGUAAAAAUCAAAAACUGUAGACCUUAUCGCAAGUCAAUCUUACUUGAUAUUUUACACUCAAUUGUUUGUAGUAGAGUACCAACUUGCUUUUCCAAUAGAUAAUAAAUGAUAAUCAUUAAUUUUGCAUUUCUUUAUUUGUACUAAUGACA